AGAAUGGAAAUCGAAGACCCUGCUGAUCAGUUUGCAAGAGACUCCAAGCACUACCACGAUGACGGUGACAUUGUUAUCAGAGUGGAAGGAAAAUAAGUGUGUAUUCAAUGGGGACAGGUCCAUCGCUUCAUCUUUCGGGAAUCUGCAAUUUUUCGCAGCAUGUUUACGCUUCCCGGGGGCCCCGGCGCUGCUGCAGAAGGCUCUUGCGACGGAUCUCCGCUGGUUCUGGAGUAUUACUGCGCGGCCGAAUUUCGCAUGGUGCUGAAGUGGAUGUACUCUCGCCCCCUCGCGCUGAAUGUCAACCCAAGAGCGACGGCACGGUUGAAUGAAUUCUCACGUGCCCGACAUCGGCUGGCCGGCCGGCCGGACCUGCGAGCCGGUGAUAACUUCCAAGAACGCUCGACCAUGGUCGGAAAUCUCGCCGGCCCAGUGCGCAAGGACGUGAAAUACUACCAUGAGGAUGGUGAUCUGGUCGUCAGAGUCGAGUCAACACUCUUCAAUAUCCACCGUUUUCUUUUGCGCGGAUCGGCUGUCUUCAAAAGCAUGUUCUCACUCCCUGUGGGCCCGGAGCAACUGCCUGACGGCCUUUGCGAUGAGUUUCCGCUCGUGUUGGAGGGCCACACUGCUCAGGAGUUUCGUGCGAUUCUGAAAUGGAUGUACUCCCCUCCGCUGGAGCUGAACAUCGACUGCUUGCCAGUCAGUGCUAUCGCUGAUGUUGUCCCACUCGCAGCGUUCGGGCACAAAUACGAGCUUGAAAUGUGGAGGACCUGGGCCCUGGCCUUCCUUAAUCUCUGCGUCACUCAAAAAAAAUCUCUGGUGCCGAUUCACUUCUCCCUGCUCCACGCACUCUACGAGAAGAUCAACGACACUCCGAAACGGGAGAUGAUAAUGCGGCUCUGGGUCAAGUCCCUUGCAAAGUGUUUCAGCACCCAAUCCGACAUCAUCGCCGCGAUCGAUGCAGCGGAAACCCAUGGCGAAAAGGAUCACCUGGCUACUCUUUACGUGCUGUAUAUCCAGCGUUUCUGUCCAACAUCCAGCGCGACACUCCUGAAACCGGCCGCGCUCAAAAUCGACGCAGGGGGUGGCCUCGCUAAGUUCCACGUGCAGCGGAUCCUGACCGGGCACAUGUCCCUCGCACUCGGAUGGUCGAGCUGGCGCGUGAGUCCUGGUAUAAAGCUCCCCUCGCCGCCGUCGAGCGCCAGCUGGGCGAUUUCGGACGCUUCGUUCAAGUCCGCGUGGAUUAAGGCAGCUGAGGCAGCGGAGUCGGCGCACCCCGACACGGUCGAUGUUCCGCAACGCAUCUCCGUGAUGAAGCGUUUGUUAACGGAAAGUAUGCGUGAACUGACACGAACGCCGAAUUCGCGCCACCAAGCUCUGUACGAUGCAUUCUCGCCGUCUUCGAGUGCGUAUAUCGCAGAUGUAUCACAAACGUAUUCUUACCUCUCCUUCAUCCAAACCGGGAUGGAAAUCGAAGGCCCUGCUGAUCAGUUCUCAAGAGACUCCAAGCACUAUCACGAUGACGGCGACCUUGUUAUUAGAGCGGAAUUAACGCUCUUCAAUGUCCAUCGCUUCAUCUUCCGAGACUCUGCAAUUUUUCGCAGCAUGUUUACGCUCCCCGUGGGCCCCGGCGCUGCUGCAGAGGGCUCUUGCGACGGAGCCCCGCUGGUUCUGGAGGGUUACAGUGCGGACGAAUUUCGCAUGGUGCUGAAGUGGAUGUACUCUCGCCCCCUCGCGCUGAAUGUCAACACACUCCCCUCGGAUGUGAUCGCAGAUGUUAUCCCGCUUGCUGCGUUUGCGCACAAGUACGAGCUCGAUGCGUGGAGGGAGUGGUCACUCUCGGUCAUCGACUAUCGACUGAAGCCAGCGAGAAAGAAGGAUUCUGGCAAGCUUCCACUCUCUCGCCUGCAUACUCUGUUCGAACGCAUGGACGACUCUCCAAGGCGAUCGAAGAUCAUGAACAUGUGGAUAGGGUCUUUGCAAGAAAAGACGUCAGUACCGAGUUGUGUUGAAGCGAUCUCUGCUGCCGAGCGUGUCGGCGACAAGGAGAGCUUAGUCAGACUCUACAUGAUCUUCAUCCGCCAAUCUUGCGUCGAGCCUCAGACCAUGCUGAUCAACCCCAAGCCGCUCCGGAUCGAUCAAGUGGGACUGGAUCCGAUCCACGUCCAGCGCAUUCUCAUGGGAUACAUGUCACUCGCUCUCGGAUGGUCGGCUUGGCGUGCAAAGCCUCCAAACAACCUGCCUUUUCCUGGGGGUAAAAGGUGGUCUCUGACGAAUGGCGUGGCGCGGGAUUUGUGGCUCAGUGCUGCGGAGAAAGCGGAGAAAGCAUAUUCGGCUGUCGUCGACGUUCCCCAAAGACUGGCCAUGAUGGCUGAUGAAUUUGGACGGAACUGUAUUUUAACCAUGAAUCCAUUCGCGACGGCCGAAAAUUCUUCCCUGACCCAGUAUCCCAACGAUCUGCAUGCUUUUUUCGAAGCGUUCAAGCUGUUGCACCAUUUCUUUCCUGAGUAGAGGACGAGGGCCAGAUACAUAGGUAUGCCGAGGGUGUCACGGAAUUCUGUUGUGAAAGCAUCAAGAGGUGAUCUAAAGGAUAUGGC